CCACUCGCAGGCGGCUCCGCCUCCCUGGCACUCAGGGGAUAAAAGCCCUUCAAUUCUAGACCAUGCCCUCUCCGUGGCACUGGCUUCGUUUCCCCUCCUUCUCUUCCUAUACUUGGAGGACCGCCCCCAUUGGCUAAGCCACGCCCGCCUCGGGGGGGGUCCCUCGGGUUACAGGUUACAUUGGUCCCGCCCCCUCCCGGGAUGGCUCUUGGUCCGCCCCGCCUCCGCCCGCCCUGCCCAGCCUUCGCUCGGCUUUCGCCAGGGGGCGCAUCGCAACCCGCCCGCCGCCCGCGGGAGAGUCUGUCGCACACACCCCCUCCUCUCCGCGCGCCGGCGGUUCCCAGCCGACUACGCCUCCGCUCCGAGUCAGCCGGGCUGCGCCCGCUCCGACUCCGGGAGGGGUCGGGGGUCCCGAAUGGCCGCGGCAGGGUCUAGGAGGCCAAACGUGUAAGCUAACGGGCGUCAUGGAGGCGGAGCAGAGGCCGACGACUAGGGCCAGCGAUGGGGCGACCCCUGGGCUGGAGAGGGCGCCUCCUGCUGCCCCGGCGUCUACAACCACGGCCUCGGAUCCGAUCCCUGGGUCCAGGCCCGGGACCGGGCCCGAGCCCAAGAGGAGGCAGCUCGGGACGCUGCUCCAGCCCACGGUCAACAAGUUCUCCCUUCGCGUGUUCGGCAGCCACAAAGCAGUGGAAAUCGAGCAGGAGCGGGUCAAGUCAGCGGGGGCCUGGAUCAUCCACCCCUACAGCGACUUCCGGUUUUACUGGGACCUGAUCAUGCUCCUGCUGAUGGUGGGGAACCUCAUUGUGCUACCUGUGGGCAUCACCUUCUUCAAGGAGGAGAACUCCCCACCUUGGAUCGUCUUCAACGUCCUCUCUGACACUUUCUUCCUGAUGGAUCUGGUGCUCAACUUCCGCACAGGCAUCGUGGUAGAGGAGGGUGCUGAGAUCCUGCUGGCACCGCGGGCCAUCCGCACACGCUACCUGCGCACCUGGUUCCUGGUUGAUCUUAUCUCCUCUAUUCCUGUGGAUUACAUUUUCCUGGUGGUGGAGCUGGAGCCACGACUGGACACCGAGGUCUACAAAACAGCUCGGGCCCUGCGCAUCGUGCGUUUCACCAAGAUCCUCAGCCUGCUGCGGCUGCUCCGCCUUUCCCGCCUCAUCCGCUACAUACACCAGUGGGAGGAGAUCUUUCACAUGACCUAUGACCUGGCCAGUGCUGUGGUUCGCAUCUUCAACCUCAUCGGAAUGAUGCUGCUGCUAUGUCACUGGGAUGGCUGUCUGCAGUUCCUGGUCCCCAUGCUGCAGGACUUCCCUCCCGACUGCUGGGUCUCCAUCAACCAUAUGGUGAACUACUCGUGGGGCCGCCAGUAUUCCCACGCCCUGUUCAAGGCCAUGAGCCACAUGCUCUGCAUUGGCUACGGGCAGCAGGCACCUGUGGGCAUGCCCGACGUCUGGCUCACCAUGCUCAGCAUGAUCGUGGGUGCCACGUGCUACGCCAUGUUCAUCGGCCACGCCACUGCCCUCAUCCAGUCCCUGGACUCUUCUCGGCGUCAGUACCAGGAGAAGUACAAGCAGGUGGAGCAGUAUAUGUCCUUCCACAAGCUGCCAGCUGACACACGGCAGCGCAUCCAUGAGUACUAUGAGCACCGCUACCAGGGCAAGAUGUUUGACGAGGAAAGCAUCCUAGGAGAGCUGAGCGAACCACUUCGGGAGGAGAUCAUUAACUUCACCUGCCGGGGCCUCGUGGCCCACAUGCCACUGUUCGCCCACGCCGACCCCAGCUUCGUCACGGCCGUGCUCACCAAGCUACGCUUUGAGGUCUUCCAGCCGGGGGACCUCGUGGUGCGUGAGGGCUCCGUGGGCAGGAAGAUGUACUUCAUCCAGCAUGGGCUGCUCAGUGUGCUGGCACGUGGCGCCCGGGACACCCGCCUCACUGAUGGAUCAUACUUUGGGGAAAUCUGUCUGCUGACUCGGGGCCGACGCACAGCCAGUGUGCGUGCUGACACCUACUGCCGCCUCUACUCGCUCAGCGUGGACCAUUUCAACGCCGUGCUCGAGGAGUUCCCCAUGAUGCGCCGGGCCUUCGAGACAGUGGCCAUGGAUCGGCUGCGCCGCAUUGGCAAGAAGAAUUCCAUACUGCAGCGGAAGCGCUCUGAGCCAAGUCCAGGCAGCAGUGGGGGCAUCAUGGAGCAGCACUUGGUGCAACACGACAGGGAUAUGGCUCGGGGUGUUCGGGGCCUGGCCCCAGGCACAGGAGCUCGGCUCAGCGGAAAGCCGGUGCUGUGGGAGCCACUAGUGCACGCACCCCUGCAAGCAGCCGCCGUGACCUCCAAUGUGGCCAUUGCCCUGACGCACCAGCGGGGCCCUCUCCCCCUCUCCCCUGACUCUCCAGUCACCCUCCUUGCUCGCUCUGCUCGAAGAUCAGCAGGAGCAGGCUCCCCAGCCUCCCCACUUGUUCCUGUCCGAGCCGGCCCUCUGCUGGCCCGGGGACCCUGGGCAUCCACUUCCCGCCUGCCAGCCCCACCUGCCCGAACCCUCCAUGCCAGCCUAUCCCGGGCUGGGCGCUCCCAGGUGUCACUGCUGGGGCCUCCCCCAGGAGGAGGUGGACGGCGACUAGGACCUCGGGGCCGCCCACUCUCAGCCUCCCAGCCCUCUCUGCCUCAGCGGGCAGCAGGUGAUGGCUCUCCUGGGUGUAAGGGCUCAGGAGGUGAACGCCUGCCCCCCUCAGGGCUCCUGGCUAAGCCUCCAGGGACAGCCCAGCCCCCCAGGCCAUCAGUGCCUGAGCCAGCCACUCCCCGGGGCCCCCAACUCUCUUCCAACAUGUGAAACCUUUGGGUAAGCUCUUGGGUGCCGUAGCAUGUGCCAGAGGGCAGACGCCUCUUGGGGACACCAAGGGGACCUGAAACACUGCUCUAUGGGAGUAUCUCCCCUUAGUACCAAGAAGAUGGUCUCUGUUCUCAGCUCAGGCGCCUUGCAACCUGACAUCCUCCUAAUCCAUUCACCCAUUCAUCAAAGAUACUUAGCGCCUACCAUGUUCAAGGCACUGUACCAGACGCUGUAUGUCUCCACUGCCAAGUAGAAGUGACUCCAAGCCCUCUGAUGAGGGUAUUCCCCUAGCCAUGGUCCUGCCAGGUGCAGGCCUGGGCCCAUGAUCCCAUCUUACUAAGCACAAGUACUUGCCACCACCAUCACUGCCAAGUAACUAGAUGUCUCUGUUUUCCUGCCCAUGACCUUGCAGGUUCUGCCUGGCAUGGUUAUCUUCCUGUCCGCUAGCAUAGCUGGGCACUGCCAAUUACCUGUCCCCCCGCUGCUGUCAACAAAUGUCUUGGGUCCCUGGUGUGGGCAUCCAGCUUUACUGCCAUGCGUGGACCCUCCCUGUCUAUACCCCCUGAGUGGGAACACACAUCUCCUGACAAGUUCCUUGCACUCUCUGUCUCUGUGAUAGAACUGCCUUUUUGUAAACUGGGAGCCACCUCCUCCCUAUGCCCCUGUCCCAGUGACGACCCCCUUGAAGCUAAGGGAUUGUUGACACCCCCUUAUUUAGUGUGCCAGCGUAGAUUCCCCCCAGGUUGGGGGCAAGUGAAUCCUUAGAUGGAAUUUUUUCUUUCCUUACUCCCUUCCUUAUUUAUU